AUGUCACAUCUCGAUCCAUUGACAACUGAGCCCCUGCUAUUGUCAUCAGCAUCCGCAUCAUCAUCACCACAAGCAACACCAGUCUCAAAGUCCAACUCAUUAGUUCAAACUACCCUCACAAUAUCUGGUAUGACAUGCGGCUCAUGCGUAUCAGCAAUCGAGACUAAUUUGAAGAAACUACCGGGGGUUGAGUCGGUCUCAGUAGCACUUCUCACCGAACAAGCAAUUAUCAUUCACGAUGAAAUAGAAGCCUCAGUUUACUCGAUUAUCGACCAGAUUGAUCUUUCCGGUUUUGAUGCAACUCUAAUCAAUAGUCAGCCCUUCGUGGACCCCAAGAAGGAAAUAUCGAUCAAGAUAGAUACCAACAACAUUGACUCAUCAUCACCCAAACUGCUUGAAAUCUCCUUCAAAGUCGAUGGCAUGACCUGCGCCUCUUGCUCAUCUUCCAUCGAAACCCAAAUCAAGAAACUCAAAGGCAUCCAUCUCGUCUCUGUGGCACUUAUGGCCGGUCGCUGUAAAAUCAGAUGCGAUGCGAGUGCUUGGACCGCCGAUGCUCUUUGCUCUGAAAUUGAGGACCUCGGUUUCGAUGCGCAAGUUCUCUCAGUCAUUGACCUGAAUCCCACCCUUUCUUCACUCUCCAAAUCCCCUCGACCCUCUUUAAUCUCUGAGAAUCGUUCUCAGCUCACUAUCAUGGGAAUCAAGAGCAUUGAAGGUGCUAAGGAUUUGGAAGAUUCAGUCAACAAGAUGCACGGUGUUCUAUCCUGCCAAGUCAAGCCUAACAAUCAAAGUUACACAAUGCUCAUUAAUCACAUUCGCUCAAUCCUUCCUCUUCGAGUAGUCGUAGAUCAUAUCUCUUCACUUGGUUACGAUCCUGUGAUUGGCGAUUCCGCCUCGAAUUCGAUCCAACUUCAAUCUCUUGCACGGACCAAGGAAGUCGCAAGCUGGCGGAGCGCAUGUCGCUCGGCUGCAUUCUUUGCUGUGCCUGUCUUCUUCUUGCAGAUGAUCGUCCCAAUGUUUUCGAAAACGAACCUGCUCCGAAGGUUCUGUGAUUCUUCAAUCAUUUUCCCUGGCUGGUAUGUCGGCGACUUCCUGUGUCUUUUCUUAGCUCUCCCCGUCCAAUUCGGAAUUGGACGUCGGUUCUAUCGCUCGGCAUGGAAAUCAUUACGUCAUGGUACUGCAACGAUGGAUGUCUUGGUCGUCAUCGGUACCAGUUCUGCAUUCGUCUUCUCACUUCUCUCGGUUUUGGUAGCACCUUACUUGAUUGCCAGUGGUAGCGUUCCCAGUACAUAUCACCCAUCGAUAUUUUUUGACACCUGUGCCAUGUUGAUCACCUUCGUCAGUCUCGGUCGAUACCUUGAAAAUCUUGCCAAGGGGAAAACCUCUGCUGCACUCUCAAAGUUGAUUUCUCUCUGUCCACCCUCUGCCACUCUUUACCUCGACCCUCCUCAUUGUACGCAAGAACGGCAACUACCUACUGAAUUGAUUGAAGUCGGCGACAUUCUGAAAAUCGUUCCUGGGGACAAGAUACCCGCUGACGGCACUGUUGUUAGUGGAGAGAGUUCAAUUGAUGAGAGUAUGGUCACCGGUGAGGCCAUGCCUGUGUUCAAGAGCGUGGGUGAUCAAGUUAUUGGGGGAACCGUCAAUGGCUUUGGGACUUUCAACAUGCUUGUUUCUCGGGCUGGGUCCGAUACGGCCCUGAGUCAAAUCGUCAAACUGGUCGAAGAAGCGCAAACAUCCAAGGCCCCAAUCCAAGCUUUUGCAGACACCGUCGCUGGAUAUUUCGUUCCCACUGUCCUUGCGCUUGGUUUGCUGACGUUCGUGGGUUGGAUGGUGAUUUCUCACACCAGUUUAAUCAACUACAUUCCCCCUUUAAGGCGUCUAUUUAUCACGAGUGCCACCCAAGAUGGAAACGGUGGAGGCAAGUUCAUGACAUGUUUGAAAUUAUGUAUCUCGGUCAUUGUCGUUGCCUGUCCCUGCGCCUUAGGUCUCUCAACCCCCACAGCGGUCAUGGUAGGCACUGGGAUCGGCGCUCAGAAUGGAAUCUUAAUCAAGGGUGCUGGCCCUCUAGAAGCCGCCAAUACAAUCGACAAAAUCAUCCUGGACAAGACUGGAACGUUGACGACGGCUCAGUUAGAAGUCGUUCGGAUCACAUGGGCCCCUCAUCUGAACGGAUCGGGUCAUGAAAAUGAGAAGGCCAAGAAGCAAGUCCUGAUGGCUUUGACGGCAACCGAGUCGAAAAGUGAACACCCCCUGGCCAAGGCAGUCGCCAAGUUUGGAUUCAAAUCUUUGGGAUGGCUCGCAGUGCCUUCGACAGUGCAAGUCACUGGCUUUGAAAGUCUUACGGGUGCAGGUGUUCGAUGCGCAGUGAAAUUGCCGAGUGGUACAGGAGAAGCUACUCAUGAGCUUGCAGUCGGUAACUACAAGUUCAUGAGUGGCGGUCAGGGCACUCCGGAAAUGGCGAACGAGACUUCUGAGAGCAAUCCAUCAAAGCUGCUGGACCCCUCGAUGAAGAAGAUGGAAAUCGAACACGAAGAUCAAGGCCAUACGUGCAUCUUUGUCGAGUUUGAUGGCCAACUGGCAUGCAUGAUCGCAUUGGCCGAUCUGCUGAAGCCGGAAGCGCUCCAAGCCGUGGAAGCCUUCCGGAAGAUGGGGAUGAGUGUCAUCAUGGUCACGGGAGACCAUCGCCGGACGGCGCUUGCGAUAGCCAACCAGGUGGGCAUUUCGCCACAGGACGUCUACGCCUCCGUCUCACCCGAGGGCAAAAGGUUGAUUGUCGAACGGAUGAAAGAGGAACAUAUGGAUGCCUCUUCCAGCAGAGCUCGCCAAUCUAAUUCUAAGGCUAAACGCCCUUGUCGAGUCGCUAUGGUUGGUGAUGGGAUCAACGAUUCGCCGGCCUUGGCUUCUGCUGACUUGGGUAUCGCCAUGUGUUCCGGUACUGAUAUCGCAAUGGAAGCUGCUGACAUCAUCCUCAUGAAAUCUAACUUGUUGGAUGUCGUCUCAGCUAUCGAUCUAUCCAGAAGAGUUUUCAGACAGAUCAGACUAAAUUUCCUAUGGGCAAGUGUCUAUAAUCUGAUUGGGAUCCCAUUAGCGAUGGGAUUCUUCCUACCAUGGGGAAUUCAUUUACACCCUAUGAUGGCCGGUGCCGCGAUGGCAUUUUCCUCAGUGUCGGUUGUAUGUUCGUCGUUGACGCUGCGAUUCUGGACCAAGCCGAAGAUUGCCCUACGGCCCGAUGAGAAAUACGUCCGGGAUGGUCCCUUGAUCGAGCUUCGUGCCGCCGUCGGUCGCCAGGUCUCUGCGCUCGUCCACCGCAACCCAUUCAAGUCCUUCGGCCCAAUCUCUCUCCGUCCAAUCCGUGCUCUUCUUGCUCGCUCUUCUCGGCACAAUCGCUCAAACUCUUCCACUUACUAUACACCCGUCUUGAAUGCCGAUCUUGAACACGAAGAACUCCUCCCCAUGACUGCCGUCUGA